AUGGAAGGACCUUCACAUCCUCGCGAACGUCAUCUUGUUCACAGUCAUGCUCAUGAGGAAGACUUGCCGGGGACUGUUAAUCUUCAAGCCCUCGAGGGAGAUGACACGGCAUACGGGCAAGCUCUUUAUCCUGUACCUAGCGAGGAUCCCAAUGACCCCCUCCAAUGGUCGAAAUCCAAGAAAACAAUGAUCUUGAUCAUUGUAUCGCUCUACUCGUUCCUCGGCAAUAGCGCACUCGUGGGACCAUCUGUCUACUUGGAGAUCUAUAGCGAGGAGUUUGGCAUUUCUGUCACCCAAGCUUCGGGCCUUGUGUCCUACCCCAACCUAGUCUUUGGUUUCGCUACUUCUUAUGGAGGCCUUAUGGCUGCUCGCAUAAUUCAUGCUUUGGGCUCUGGUGUCUGCGAAGCACUUCCUGUUCAGCUCGUCAACGAUAUCUUUUUCCUUCACGAACGCGGCAAGAGACUGGGCUACUACACAGUGUGUCUUUGUUGGGGAUCCACAGGACCACUUUACGCUGGAUACAUGCUUGCGGCUGGAUACUCUUGGAGACUCUACUUCUACGUUGAGUUCGCCUUUGCAUGCACUCUCUUGAUCCUUGCAUUUAUCUUUGUCGAGGAAUCGGCCUACAAACGCGUUAUCACAACGCCUUCGACACCAGAUUCUGAUAACGAGAAAGGACACAUCGAACAUGUUGAAGUUUUAACACUAGCGCCACUAAGAAGAUCGUGGCUGCAAACACUCAAGCCGUGGAGUGGUAUCUAUAUUGGUCUUGGUGCUUUGACUUUCAACUACACCUUCCCAAUCAAAAUUGUCGCGCCUCCCUACAACUGGUCGCCGAAAAACAGUGGCCUCAUCGCGCUAGGAAACAUCAUCGGCUACGCCCUCGCCGUCCCCUUCGCCUCCUCCUCCGACCGCAUCGCAGCCUGGCUAACCAAACGCAACAACUCCAUCCGCGAAGCCGAAAUGCGCCUCUGGGUCCUCCUCCCCGUGUGCCUUAUCGCCCCUGCCGGUCUCAUCCUCUACGGAUUCACUGCCGAACGCAACCUCCACUGGAUAGGAUACUUUGCGGGUGUGGCUAUGACAGACUUCGUCUCGUACUUCUACUUUUCCUUUGUUCUGGCUUACGCGGUCGACAGCAUGACAGCCAACACUGCAGAAAUGCUGAUUGCGAUGAACUUGGGCAAGCAGGCUAUUUCUUUCGGCAUGGGGAUUUAUCUCCUGGAUUGGAUCUUGCUACAUGGUUGCCCCGAUAUAAAACCUCCAAGCUCCUAUCUCGACCCUAGACAUGGAACCGUCAGGGUCAGCGUCUUCGCCAUUUCGGCUUGA